UGAAUUUGCUCGUGUGGGCACACGUUGUGGACAUAUACUGCUUUGGCUGUCUGGGUUGCUCUGGCCUUUCUCCUAAGAACUGCUCCUUCUCUGGCCACUGGAACAGGCCGCUAUGCUGCUGUGGGCUUCCUUGCUGGUCCUGGCUCCACUGAGCAGACAAUUUGCAACUGCACCCAAACCUGUGAUUUCCCUUCAUCCUCCAUGGACAACGGUUUUCAAAGGAGAGACAGUAAACCUGACUUGCAAUGGAUUUCAUUUCUAUGCACCAGAGAAAAUAAAAUGGUACUUUGGAAACUACAGGAAAAAGCAAGAAACCAAAGGAAACACCCUGGAGGUCCAUGAAUCUGGAGAGUUCAGGUGCCAGGCCCAGGGUUCACCUCUAAGUAAUUCUGUGCGUUUGACCUUCUCUACAGGCUUCUUAAUCCUGCAGGCCCCUCAUUCUGUGUUUGAAGGAGACACGUUGGUUCUGAGAUGCCAGAGAAGAGGAAAAGAGAAGUUAAUUGCUGUGAAAUAUAUUUGGAAUGGAAAAAUACUCUAUAAUUCCAGCAAAAGACUGGAUUUUUUUAUCCCGAGAGCAAGUUUAAAUAACAGUGGCAAUUAUCAGUGCAUUGGAUCUUGUGACAAAAUUCAUGUAUCUAAAUCAAAUUCCAAAGUUAUUAAAAUUCAAGAACUAUUUCCAUAUCCAAAGUUGAAAGUCACAACCUCUCAACCUACAGAGGGGAACUCUGUAAACCUGAGCUGUGAAACACAUCUUCAUCCAGAGCGAUUGGACACUCCUCUUCAUUUCAUCUUCUUCAGAGACAGUAGAGUAAUCCUGUCAGGUUGGAACAACUCCUCAGAGCUCCAGAUCCCAAUCAUCUGGAGAGAAGACUCGGGAUUGUAUGGGUGUGGUGUUGAAACAGUGACACACAGCAUCCGCAAACACAGCCCCCUGUUGCAGAUCAGCGUGCAGAGAAUCCCUGUAUCUCAGGUCUCCAUGGAGACCAACCCCCCAGGGGGCCACGCAGUUGAAGGGGAGAUUCUGGUCCUUGUCUGCUUCAUGGUUGAAGGCACAGGGAUCACCACAUUCUCAUGGCACAGAGAGGACACAAAAGAGAGUCUGGGAAGGAAAAUUCAGCGUUCUCAGAGAGCUGAGCUACAGAUUUCUGUCAUCAAGAAGAGUGAUGCUGGGCAGUACUACUGUACAGCUGACAACAGCUAUGGCCCCAUCCGGAGUGCGGUGGUGAAUGUUAUUGUAAAAGAGACCUCAGGUAACAGAAGCAGCCCCAUCACUGCUGGAACUGCUGGGGGGACACUCAGCAUUCUUCUCCUGGCUAUCAUCCUGCUGUUUUUCUACCGGUGCUGGAGGAAAUCAGGAGAUUGUUUGCAGGAAAGAGAAGCUGGGAGCCCUCCUUCCCCUGACCCUGGAGAGUCUUCUCAUUCCAUCCGCCCUGCCCAGGUGGAGCUGCAGCUCUUGUGUGGUAAUGUGCAACGCAAAGAGGAAGACUUGGUAUAUUCUGAUAUUCAGACUAUUCAGUCAGGAGAAGCCAACACCUCUGGGAUCCUGCCAAAGCACAAGCAUGCCUCAAUCAUCUACUCUGAGGUGAAGACACAGCCCCCAGAUAACUCAGAGGGAAAGUUCAGCUCCAAGGAUGAAGACACCAUGGAAUAUUGUAAAAAUGUUCUUAUUUGA